AACAACGACAGGGAGCCCAGAGCUCGUCAGUUAACGACGCUGGUCUUCAGUUGCAUCCGAACGCUCCAGCCGUGAACUUUAUCGAAACUGGCAACGCGCAAAUCAAGCUGGCCACCAUGGUGACCAAUGCCGCGGCAACAGCGGGUGCCACAAAUACCAGCACCAAUAACAACAACCUGCAGACAAACAACAACAGCCACGGGGCGAACAACAACAACGAUGACUUUGACUUUGACCAGGACAGCGGAUUGCAGGACCUCGGCUUGCCGGUGUCCGUGCAAACGUUCCUGUGGCGCCAAAUAGCCCCAUUCAUCCGACCCAAGUUGGGCAAAUUGCACGAGUCCACCUGUCUGUUUUGUCAACACGCACCGGGACACCAUGAGUCGAAAGAAGCCUGCAAGUCCUUUGAAAAAGUGUUAGUGCAAAACAUACAGUUCGGUCUAUCGCCGCCUUUGACGAAGGCACUGGGUGCCAUUCCACGAUGGCGUCUUCUGCAGGGUGCCUUGCCUCAUGUAAUGCAUGCCUGUGCGGCCCUGUUGCACAAUCGAGUCAAGGACAUGCAGGCUAUUGGCCCAGUGGAAACCAAGCUACUGUACACCAUGCAAUGGAUACUCCUUUACGCAGCCGAGGAAUGCGCCGACGACGAGGGCGGGGAGGACUUGGGCUUGGGAGAUUCAGCUGGGGAGCCCCGACCCAAGUCCAUCGAUCAGUAUUUGUUCUCCGUGCCAACGAUUACGCUCUUUGUGUAUCUAUUCGCUCCAAUUAUACAUCACCUCAAGGAGUCAGACUUUCAGAACUUCCGUUUGGAGAAUGGCAUUAAGCUAUGGCAGGGCAUGUGGGAUAAUCGGGCACCGGGCGCUCCGUGCUUCACGGCUCCUGUGAAGCCGAAAGCUCGUAACUUGCUUUGUGCUCCAACUCCUAAGGGAUCUACGGAUGUAUUUCCUCCUCGUAAACAUUCCCUCAGUGCAGAUGCCAUGUCACCCAAAGCUGACUCGCCCCAGAGUGGCAUUUCAGACUUCGGAAGGCAAGAUGAAGAGGGCUCUUGGGUUUCAUCGCCCAAAGAGUUUGCCUUUCCGGAAACCAUACCUGAAGAAGCCUCCAGCGUAGAAGACGAACGUGUGGUAAUAUUUCGUUUACCCUCAGCGCCUCAACUAAUGGAUAAUUCAUUCUUUACUGCCGAUGCCAGUCUUCUCCAACAACAGGAAUCUCAGAGCCGGCGCGGCAGUCGCCAGUCAAUGAACUCACGCGACAAGGAAAAGAUUCCAUCCACCAAGUUCGAGUUCGAUCAGCAGGAACUGAUGCGAGGUGCUUCAAUGAAGGAGAAGCGCAGUGCCUCGAUUGACAAAGAGACGGAUUCUGACAAAUCGGACAGUAUCAAGGCGGAUGUGUCGGCCGCCACUUUCUUGGAUGUAGCAGUAUUACGUUGCUUGUUCAUCUCGCAUUGGCAGGAGGAGGGAAUCUUCUGGAGCUUACAGUAUUUAUAUAAUCGUCUUAGUGACAUUGGUGAAGAUGCGGCUAUUACAUUGAAUCAGCCAAGGAAGCGUUCCAAUUCAUUGCCUAUUCCACAAAUUGAGAUAUCUCUCUACCAGGGUCCCGGCAGCAACAGCCGAGAUAGUCCUGGCAGCUCUGUAGUCAAGGACUACAUAGAAAUACCCGAACCAUCGCCCACAGUGACAGCCUGUGUCGUGGAAGAACCUCAAAGUGCUCCAAGCACCUCUGAACGACGGGGCAGCGAGAAGAAAAAACGCGUCAAGAUGGCUGAUUUGCGGGCCUUUGUGGAGACAAAGAUGUUCUCCAAAUCGGAGAAGAAUCUGGAAAAAGUAGGGCUCGAUACUCACUCCGCCAAUGGCAAGACACCACUGCAACAUGCAGAGUACCACCGAAGCCUGGAUACGGGUGAGAAAAAGCUUUCUCGCUCCGCUUCGAUGAUAAGUCGCGAGCCAGCCAGUAACCUGAUCAAGGGGAAAUCUAUGCCCAGUCUAAGCUGUCUGCUCGAUAGCGGAUUUUACAGAUACGUUGAACCACCAAAGGCGCCAAGGCCAUCGCAGACUAGUUGUCCUCGUUCCACGGUCUUCUACCCACGGAAUCCCAUUAUUACUGUUACGGAGCAUACACCCACACCUUCUCCGGAUUAUAUGAAGCGACAGGGCUCUAUUGAUUCCCAGCUGGAUGUCUUAAGUAAUGGUGGUAGCAUUGGUAUGGGAGAUAAUGGAGCCGGAAACGGAAGCACCGGCAUGGGCAGCACCACCACCAGGUAUCGAGGCCAAAUGCUGCGCUCACACACUGACUCCCAUAUUGAUUACACUGGAGUGGAUGAGUCCGAGGCACCUGGAUCAUCGUUUUACAUAACUCGGGAUGGUGGCAUUGAUUACGAGAUUAUUCUGCUGGCAAUCAGCAAUGUUUUCAAGCGCGAUCCAUCACAAGUGUGCUCCCUACGUGUCCUGGAGGCGGGUCUUAACAUUUGUGAGUUGUUGAUUGAGAUGGGGGUUCUGAAGCUGGGUGAGCAUGCCCACGAAAUAUCCAUGAGCAUUACGCGGCGGGCUCUGCAGGUUCUUGGGUGCCCUCAUGGAUGCAAUGAUGGUGUUCGUGGUCCUCCUGCGGACUUUCUUCGAAAUCAAUGCCAAAAGAUUUUGUCAAGGAUGCUGCGUCAGGCUGGUCCACGGACCAAACGCUACAUGCAGGAGAUGGUUAGAACCUCGCCCUUGCCGGAGCUGAUCGACUACUUUCAUGCCUUUUUGGCCUUCUGUGUGGACCCGAGCUCUUUACUUUCACCCAUGACUCAUAAACGUCAGAGUGGAUAUAAAAAUGCUAACACCGAUCUUGGCGGCGUACCAGGUCAGGGCGGCUAUACGACAAACUUUAGCGGCGGGAUGAGCGGCGGCGCGGAGUCCCAGGUGGUUGGGGCAGUCUUUAAACCGCUGGUCAGCCGGUUCGUCGAGGCCAGCAAGGAUCUAAAAAGUCCGGAGAACAUUGCCCUCUAUGGCGACAUCCGUCAACUGGUCACCUAUGUGAAAGGAGCCCACGGUGGACCCUUCCGUUUAGUGGCACUCAGCGGUAUUCUGGCCGUCACUCCCAGGCCACACAAAAAAGGUCCUUCAGCACAAACCACAAGGGUUAUAAGACACAUUCCCCAAGCUAACGUAGGCCAGAGUAUGCAGAACGAUGACAACCGCUCUCAGCGCCGACUUUUAUUAAAGAAACGAAGUACUUCCUCCGCCUGUGCCGUGAGCCUUCUGGAGACAGAGACGUGCGAGGAGCACUACAAGACCAGCCAGUCGCCGUUAAGUAACUUCCGUAGACGUACAACUGGAGUCCGGCCAACGUUGACUCCGCGACACAGCGAACGGGCCCUGCUUUCCGACUCGACGUCGAGCUCGGAGCGCAAUUCGCUGGGACGGCUCAGCGGCUUGGUGCGCUGGUUCCGGGGCACGCCCAAGGAGGCCUCGUCCAUCGACCUGGAGAUCGGGUCGCUCAACCCGGAGAUAUCCUCCUCGUUUAUGCGGCACGCCUCGCUGAAGAUACAGCGGGGCCGCUCGAGCGACGGCAUUGGGCGGUCCAUUCAGCGCGCCAAGCGACGUGUCGAGAGGCGGCUGAACCGUUUCGGCGGCAUUGUGAAGGGCAAGAAGAAGGUAGGCGGCAUCGAGGAGACCGCGGACUUCAGUCGACGGAGCUCCUCGGACAUGUGCGAUGGUCCCCGGGAGUCGGAAGUGGUUAUCCUCAAGGAGCGCAAACUCGUCCCCACCGAUCCAGUGCGCGUGGGCAUGCUGCGAUUAUCCUUUCUGCUGGAGACCUGUGCGCCAGGCUCCUUUCCCGACUCCCAGCUUGUGGCAGCCGUUCUCGAUCUGCCUCAAGCGCCUCUUGUGGCACGUGCCACUUUCCUCUUAGAGUGCGCCCACUUUGUCCAUCUUUGCAACAAAGGUCAGUGGCCCGCCUGGAUGAAACAGAACGUGGGCAGUUACCGGGCAUCUGGAGCUAACAUCAAUAUCAGCCAGAUGAAGCAACAGGUGAGCCAGUCAAGUGCCAGACGUACUCACAUCCUGCAAAGGGCCGCCGGCAAGAUGUUCCACCAGUGGGCGGAAAUGAUAGGAGCUCGUCUUGAGGAGAUUCUGUACACCGAGAGACUGCAGUACGAGGCGGUGAAUGCCAGUCUUACGGAUCCCGAAAAGCAGCGGGAGUUACUGCAGCAGGACGAGGAAGAGGACUUCCUGGACGAAGCUUCGGUGAAUCCACAUGGCAACGACUGUCCACAUUCUCUGAAACUUAUCGCCUGUGUACUGCUCUUUGAGAUUACGGCCUUCUUGAGGGAUACUUAUCUGAUGCUGCCAAAAACAUCCAAACUGAUUCAUCGCGACAAACCGGCUCCUUGGGAGAAGGUCUACCGCGAAGCUAAUCGCCGCUGGUCCAUGGCCCUCAGUUCAAUGGGGCACUCCCAAACCUCGGCUCAGAGCCUCCAGUCCAUAGCCGCAGGAAACGAUGGCGCCGGUCAGUCAGAGCGUAAAAUAUCCUUUGUACUUCAUGAACCAGACAACGAAUCAGAGAACAGCAGUAAUACAACAUUGACAAAGGAAGGAGAAGAAGCUCGUCGACCCACUGCAUCCGCAGUUCGACCUUUUCUUUUGAGGCGUGGCACUGCCACUACAACUGGAGGUUCCUUUAAAAGACGCUCUCUGAAACUGCGUCGUAAUACUAAGGACGGCAAGGAUAUAGAAACAGACUUCAACAUCCAAUCGCGUCGCAAGGUCUCUUCACUAUCCGAUCGCAGUGAUACAUCAGAGCAGGGCAUGAUUAGUGGCGGGGAGGAGUCACCUGGAAUACUCAGCGACGACCAGCAGCCAGAGUCACCCACAGACUCCAAUGAAAACGAUGACACGGCCAAGAAUAUGCCCUGGCUGAAGGCCGUUAUAGAUUUGAUGUCCAGUUACAAUUACUACUGCACCCAUAAAGGAUAUUGUCAUCCGUUUUGCUAUAAACGUCACAUGCGAUCCUGUACUCGUCUGGUUAAGGCUACUAGAAAGGUUUAUGGUGAGGAAUUUGGUUUCUCCUUCGAUUCAGACCAUCCAACAGUGGAACCAACAGUUAUUAGCUCUAGCAAGCCACACACCUCUCGAUCCCGCUCCACUCGAAAGGUAUCCGAGCAAAGCUCCACCCAGACCUCUCCGUCCAAGCGUAAGGACAGUUUGUCUCGCAAGGAUCGCAUAAGUGAUGAUCCUGAUCUGGAAAUGGCUGAAAAGUUGGCCAAGGCCUUUCGCCAGGAGAAAGAGAAGAAGUUACAGGAAGAGCCACCUAUCCUCAAGUUUAUCAGGAUCCAUAUCAGGAACCUCUUUCACUUUCCGCUGGCCACCAUGCUUAAGGGCGCUGUUGUGCUCACCGAGGAAAUGGUAAUCGAGGCAAUGCCUGCCGCCUGGGAGCUCCUGCUGGAGACGAACCACGACACAGCCACCUCCAGUGCCGCUGUGUUUCUGAUGGGCUCGGUGAAGGCGCAGAACUUUGCCUUCGACAUCAUGCAGAGGGCACUAAAGCACAAGGAUCCGGACAUAAGGAUUGGAGCCAUUCAACGCUACCUGGUGCUGUGGAAGUGCCGCUUCCAUGUCUGGCCUCGAAUGGAGGAAAAUGCCCACGACGUCACUUUCAAGGUGCCACCAGGUGGCAUUGAAUUUACACUGCCUUCCCCAAAGAUUGGCAUCGAAAGUCUGCCGGUGGUGGAUCCACCCUGGAUGCCCGUGCAGCAGACAAAGGAUAUGGAUGUUACUUUAAACCAAGACAGACAUAGAUCCCUGGUCACCGCCACUAAAAGCCGGAAGAUGCAGCAGACGGAGGCCAUUAGGAACGCCCUUCGUCAGCAGCGGGACAAGCAGCGGGCGGAGAGGCACAGCUUCCUCAUCACCAUGAUUCCGAUCAGUCAGCAGGCUUCCCACGAGCCUGGCAUGGAGAAGCUGGAGGAUCACGAGAUCGAGGAGGACCUCGACGGCACACGCAUGUCCUCGCACCUGCACCACGCCCACUCGCUCUUCCCCUCCGUCCUCUGCUCGUCCGUGAUGCAGAUUGUCGGCUGUCUGGAUGAUGCUGCCAUCGGGUCGGAUGGCAAUGCCGUCUACGAGAUCGCCUACCAGGUGAUCUGGGUGUGCCUUGUGGAGGAGUCGGCCCUCUUCCUUCGCUAUGUAUUUGAGCGGCUAACCCGCGACCGCCAGGAUCAGAUGUUCAAGCUGCUAAGGCAUUUAAUUCGAUUUGUGCCUCGGCUGCCCCAGCAGGCGGCCUUUGCCUUAUACAACUCAAUUAUUGGUUACAUAAUGUUUUAUGUGAGAUCCUCCAACGAGCUGAAACAGGAGCUUGUUGGCUCAGCUUUGUCGGUCCUUUGGAUGGUUGUGCACUCGGUGCAUGGAAUUAUGUUCAAGGAUCUGAAGCAGAUUCUGCGCAAAGAACAAUGUGAUGCCUCCAUCCUCCUCACCGCCAAUGUGCCAGCAGCCAAAAAAAUUGUGGUCCACGGACCCGCCGAUGAUGACUACAACAUACCCUCCCAGUUUCCCGUGCAAGAGGAUACGCUUUUUUGUCAGCUUUUAAAGGAGGCACUGGAUUACUAUCCCAUAGAUGAGAAAAAUACAAGUCACUAUUGUCUAGUGGACUACAAGAGCAGCAAAAUCCUGAAUCCAAACUGGUACAUACGGGAUCUGUACUUCUUUAAGCGAUCCCAGUAUCCGGAAGUGCGUCUAAUGUUAAUGCGUCCCGAAGAAUCAUUCCUGGCCUUGCAGAAACAGGAGCUAACUAAGAAGUUUGUUGAGAUCGGCAAAGUACAUUUAACCUGGGCGAUUCUCAAGAACGUGGACAUGGUGGUGCAGCGAGUAGUGUUCUUACACGAAGAGCUUAUGAAACUGCCUUCGUUUCCUCGGAAGGCAUUAGAGGUGGACCUGGACCUGCACCAUGGCGGUGAAUAUGGAAAGGUUCUGCUCGGCUUGGAUGUCCAGCACAAAUUUAUGUGGGUGCGCCUCAUUGCCCGAAUGUUCGAGGCUAUGGCUGGAAACUUUGCUUACUCGGCGGAUAUUCAGCUCUUCUUAAACGUCCUUUCCGGAGCAUCCAUUCUUCAUGCCGAGGAUUCGUGCAUCAUGCGCUACGUCAUGGCCACGUUUAUUAACGCUGCCUUUAACUUCAAGAACAUAUUCUCCACGAAGGGAUACUUCAUGAUCAUGCCCACAUUGCUGCAGGUUUAUUCUUUGCAUCAAACAAACAAGCUAAUCACCACAACAAUCGAGUAUGCAGUUAAGCAGUUCUAUCUGCUAAACCGGAAACCUUUUAUCUUGCAAAUGUUUGGAUCCGUUUCCGCCAUCCUUGACACAGAUGAGGACGGAACCUAUGGGGAGGCGCACAAGGUCCAGUCCAGUUGCCUCUUUAAUUUGCUGCUAAGUCUGGAAGAUCCCUCGCCUGAUCCUCUUAAUAUUGCCGAGCUGGUGAAGGAGCCUAAGCCACUCAAGGCCAUUGAUUUCUGCUACCACGACGAGGAUGACGACGUGACGGUACUGGACUGCAUCACCCUUUGUGUUAUGGUGGUUUCCUACUCAGCGGAAAGCACUCGGGGCUAUCAAAUGCUAAUCAUUUUGGAGGCCAUUCUGCCAUGCUAUCUGCAACAAAUCCAAUCGCCCAGCUAUAUUCCUCUCCAGGGAAAGUCUGAACGGGACAUUAUCCUCCAAUUGGCAGUGGCCAUUCGCACCAUGGUCCACAACUGCGAGGGUUUGGCCAAGAGCUACAAUGGACCGUAUCGAAAUAGUCCGGAACACAAGGGCUCUUCUCAGCGUAAUUGUAGUCGGGGUCCGCCCUGUUCACCUGGCCUUGACUUCGAAGAGGAAUCUCACCCAAAAUACGUAACCGAUGCUCGCACCAAGAAUAUGAUGGACUGUGCCGAGGACUCGGAGAUGAUACGCACGGAGUACCGGCGGCCACGAGAUGUUCUCUUGUCCGUGGUGGCGGAUUUCCUUACUAAAUCCACAGCCCGUCUGGCAGAGCUGGCCAAGAAGAUGCCCAGCGACACCAAGCCCACCGAAGUGCUGGAUGCCAAGUGCCACAUUCGAUUGGCGGACAUAGCCCACUCCUUACUGAAGGUUUCUCCCUACGACCCGGAGUCCAUGGCCUGUCGAGGUUUGCAACGCUAUAUGCAGGCGGUCUUACCAAGGGCGGAAUGGUCUAAUGAUACGUUGCGAAACGCUCUGGUCACCAUAUUGCGGCGAAUCGACAAAGUCUUCCUGAAGAUUUCAAAGAAACCUUCCAUACGACGAAACACCGACUGGGAGGCGGCUGCCGGUUUGCUCAAAGGCAUCCAUGAGACUAUAAUCCGGCAUUCGUACGUACUGCACUGGCAGCAAAUGAAAACACUGAUUAGCACCGUGCAGAAUUUGAUUGUUAACGAACCCGGAUCCGGCAUUCCCGAGGGCGUCUCCAGCGCAGGGGCGGCGCUCAUGUCUCAGAAUCCGCCGGCCUUUUUUUGCUCAGCCGUGGUACGUCUGGUGGCCCUGCAGGUGGUCAGCCCCGUAGACUGCUUCUCCCUGGUCCAGAUUUGUGGGGGCAGCGCCGAGUUCGCCACGCAGGAAAAGGCCGAGGGUUUUCUAAUGCAUCUGAUCAUGCCGCUGUGUCUGAAGGUUUGCUCGGGACGCGGAGUCUCCGACGUAGGUGAACUUAAGAUGACGGACGUGUCCUUUUUGCUGACUGCCGUCCUAAACGCCAUGAGUCCACCGGCGGGUCGCACCGGCCAGGCUGUAUCCCAGAUAAACAGGGUAACUGGGGACUUGCGUGCCGGCUCUCUCACAUUUACCGGCAGUCGAGACGCCAAGCGCCCUGCCAGGAUUUCCGGUUCCCUUUACCAAGCGGCCUUCCUAGCCCUCCGAAUCGUUUGCAUUUGCUUUGAGAGUCGCCUGUCCAACGAAUGGCCGCGUAUCGUAAGGGUUAUGAGGGAUUUGGGCCGGCGCAACGAGGCUGCUCCGGAUCUCUGGAGCUUCAUGGAGUUUGUGGUCACCCAUCGAACGCCAUUAUAUAUUGUCCUGCUUCCCUUUAUUUUGCACAAGAUCUCACAGCCGCCCAUUGGGGACCAUGAGCGUCACAUGCAGUUUAUUAUCAGGGAGAGGUUGCGUGGUACACCGCCGCAGGGGGGGAUCAAAUCCAAGGGAGCUCUGCUGCUGGAACUGGCCCGGGAGCUGCGCGAUCUGCGCGACGAAUUGGAGGAGAAACGAUACGUCUCCACAGAUCGCGAGAGCUCCGAGCAGAAGAAGAGCGACACCCAGGCGGCAACCAGUGCGGCAGACGCUCACAAGUCGCAGCAAAGACCUUCACUCAUAUCUAUCUUCACAGGAACCACCACCGGCCAGGCGACGCACUCGCACAUCUCGGCGGUGCCGAUUGACUCGCGAAGCGGAUCCGGCGGGAUUUGCACGCCCAGCGACACGCUGUCGCAGCAGACACUGCACCCGCCGCGAGAGUCGCUGUCGAGCAGCUCCACGGGCCGCGAUCCGCACACCACGACCAGCGAAAGCCAGAGCGGCGAGGCGGACGCAGGCUCGGCGCCAACGCUGGUAGGACCCACUCCGAGUGGUUCUGGCCACGGAUCCGCCUCCGGCACUGGCGCCGCCUCUGCCGUGCCCUCGCAUCUCUCGCAUUCGCAGUCGCUUCAGCAGGCUCCCUUCAAGGCCCAGCCCCCCAAGCUGCGCUUCGUCUCGUCCGUGGAGUUUCGGCACUCUUCUGGCGAGACCUCUACUACGCCCUUGUCACCGGAGAGUCCAGCCGAGGAUAGUUCCGGAGACCACACCCGGUCGCGCCUCCAACGCUCAAAGGCAGCUAGCCGAAAGACCUUCCGGCUGAAGCGCAGUCGCCUAACCAACAUGGAUCCACCCAGCAUUGUAACCCCGCUCUCCCAGGAGGAGCAACAACAACAACAGCAGCAACAGCCCCAGCCGAAGACCCUUGGCGAGAUAUCCUGGGACUCAGUCUCGCAGACAUCCUCGACAUCGGGCUAUCGGGACAACAACAGCCUGCAGACAGGUCUGCUAUCUCCGGACGGAUCCUUGGGCGGCCUGACCCUGGGCCGCUCCCCGUCGCAGCACUCGCUUCUCAUGGUAUUUGAGGGCCAGGACGAAGACACACUUAUAUAACAAUCACAGAACGGCGACCGGGCCUACGAACUUUAGUGUCCUUCUACUAGGAAUUGGAAGGAAUAUAUGCAUUAGGUAGCAGAAUAUAGUUGUUGGGCGUUAAGUUUUAUAGAAGAAUCCUUGUUUUCCAUUGUGUGCCCUUUUUUGUAUUCGAUAGAUGAUAGAUAUAGUAUAAUAAAUUGACUUGGUAGCCGUUCGAAAAAAAA